CAUUUCCAAACCCCUCCCUUCCGUUCCGCCUCCCUUUCCCCUCGCUCCUCCUCGCCGCCGCCAUGCUCCGCGCCGCCCUCACCUCCGGCGGCGGCCGCCUCGCCGCCAUCCUCCCCCGACACCAUGCCCGCCUCCUCUCCUCAUCCUCCACCAUCGCCGCCCUCUUCUCCGAUCCCACCCCUCCCGCGGACCCCGCCGCCGCGAUCCAGUCCGCCGGCGUCGAUCUCUCCCACCCGGACACCGUCCCCGCGCUCCUCCUCGACCCGGGGCUCGCGGGAAACUACCCCGCGGCCUCCCGCUUCUUCUCUUGGGCCGCCUCCGACCCCGCCGCCAAGGCCGCGCUCAACUCGCGGUCCUUCAACUCCAUGCUCCAGCUCGCCGCCGCGCACGGCGACGCCGACCGCUUCUGGUCUCUCGUCGCCUCCAUGCGGUCUAGGGGCUACGGGAUCUCCAAGCCCGCCUUCCGGGCCGCCUCCGAGAGCUUCCGGGCCAAGGACAUGGCCAGGGACGCCGACCUGCUGCAGGAGGCAUUCGCCGCGCACGGCAGGAACGCGGCGGCGGCCGAGGUAUGCAAGAUUCUACGGGCGCCGGGCAAGGAUGACACCCAGAAGCUAGCCAUGCUGAGUGAAUCGAGUGUUGAGGUGACUGAUGAGCUGGUGGCAUUAGUGGUGGAGAAGGUCGGGCAGUUCCCGCAGCAGGCGAUGGUGUUCUUCCGGUGGGUGGAGCAGACAGCUGGAGCUGGGAUAAGUUGGGGCAAGGUUUACAAUGCGAUGGCCAAGGUUCUCGGCCGUGAGGAUCGCAUCGAGGAGUUCCGGGAGGUCCUGCGGAAGAUGAGGGGCAAGGGGCUUGAGAUGGAUCGAGAUGUGUAUGUUACUGUCACCGACAGGUUCCUCAAGAGGAAGAUGGUUGAGGAUAUUGUGGACCUGUUCCAAUUCAUGACAAGCAGACCGGAGAAGCUCUUGAGGGAUGAUUUCAUAUUCUUGCUGAAGAAGGUCCUAGUGACUGGUGACUUGGAUCUCAAGUUGGUGACGAGAGUCUUGCGGUACUAUCGCCAUGUGGGCAGCAAGGUCAAAGACUCAGCUUUUGAUUCUGUUCUCAAGUCGUUGAGGAGUGUAGGGAGGCUUGGGGAGAGUGGCAGAGUUCUGAAGGCGAUGCAGGAAGGUGGUUUCGAACCGGAUAGUACUGAUCAUGAAAAGGCUGUUCUUGCAAUGUGUGAUGCUGGCAAUCUGGAAGAAGCACGGAAUUAUUUGACUGGUGUGGAAGAGUCAGGGCAUAAGUUGGGUCCAAAGAUAUGGCCUUGUUUAGUUCAGAAGUAUUCUCUUGGUGAAAAUGUGGAUACAGCAGUGUCGUGCUUCCAUGAAAUGCUGGAAAAAAGCGGCAGCGAGAAUGUGGGUUCUACUCUUGAGGUGCUGGUUUCUGGAUUGCACAAGAAGAAAGGGGCGAAGGAAGCAUUCAAAGUUCUGAAGAACAUGGUAACAGAGAAGGCUGUGGUUCCUUGGCAAACUACCUACAAGUAUUUGAUCCACAAGUUAAUCCGCCAAGGACAUCUGAAACCAGCUUUUGAAGUGCUAGGUUUAAUGAAAAGCCAUGGUUAUCCACCUUUCGUUGAUCCUUUUAUCCCUCAUAUUUCAAAAUCUGGGACUGUGGAUGAUGCCUUGGGUUUUCUGAAUGCAACAUCUUUGAGGGGGUUGCCGUCAAGAAUAGUUUAUGUGCGCUUAUUUCAAGCUUUGUUCAAAGAAGAGAGGCAUGAAGUUGCCCAACAGCUGCUUUCCCAGUCUCCUGCUGGCAUCCAAAACCAUGCAGAUAUUCGUGAUAUUUUCAAUAAGCUGGAAGAACCUGUUGCAGCGGCCUUGGCAGAGGGUUGAUACGUGGCUAAAUUGAGUUUUUGAUGCCCACAUUUGGAUGGCAAGCUGAUACCAGAAACUUUAGAUGAAAUGCUUGCACUAUUUCCAAAGAAAUAAGUUACAUUAUUUUCUUUAGUUUCUUUCUGUUUCAGCCACAUAUUUCCAUGCCUUAAACUGGCAGGGCCGUAUGAAUCAAUAGCUGUUGUCUUUGUACUGCUUUGUUACUGGAAGAUGCAAAAGAUUGGUUCUUAUCUUUCAGGAUCGGCUACAACAUGAAACAUCUUGUGAUAUAUUUUGACUA